UGAAAUAAAUGAAUAAUUCGCGAUUUUCUAAUAUUUCUAAGUGUGUUCGAAUACGGAUUUUGUCAUCAAAUAAAAAAAUAAUGUCAUUUCUGUCAAAGUAUAAAAAUUUUGAAUACAAUACCCCACUAUUUACCAUAUGUUUAGAACAAUACCUCUAUAAGUAUUCAAAAACACAUCAAAUCCUAUCAGUUACAUUUAAAUUCGCGUCCGGUUAAAAGCUAAAACGUCGACAUCGCAAUUAGAAGGAAAAAAACAUAUUAAAAUCUAAAAAUAAAAAGAUAAGUGAUAAUGUCCAAUUUAAGUAAAUAUACUUUCGAUAAAUGUGUUACAACGGUCACUCCAUGUAGCAUUUUCCACCCUUGGAAUUCUAAUUGUUUUGGUGGGUUGUUGGUUUUUGCUACAAAUGUUUUUUUGGGAAGUACAAAAUUUUUUUUACCCAUUUAUAUUGUGAAAUUAAUGUUAAAUUAUAAAAAGAUUAAUCAAAGAAAAUUCGUUGAAGAACAAAUUUUAGGAUAUUUAAGAAGUGUUGCUUAUGGUGUUUCUUUCGGAAGCUUAUUUUUAAUUAGUUGUUGUACAAUUUCCAAAAUAUGGAUAAAUUACUUUAUUGUUAUGCAAGCAGGAGCGGUGGGUGCCUUAUCUUUAUUAAUCGAGUCAACUGAAAAUAAAAAUAUGGAUAAAAUUUUAUUUUUUAAUCAGUUAAUAGAGAUAUUUAUAAAUGUUUUAACAUCCAAACGAAUCAUAAUUAGAAAUCGUUGGACUGAAACUUUAGCUUUUAUGUUAGUAACAUCGAACUUAAUGUAUCUUUUCAAAACUAGGAAAAUAAAACAAAAAAUACCCUUAUUAUGGUUUUAUCCUGAAAGAAGUAUUUAUAAUGUUAGUGAGAAAAGAAAUGGGUUUCCCCUUGAUGAAUUAUGUCAGCAUAAAAAAUCAUGCUUUGAUUACUCGCUGGAUGGCGGUUAUAAUUUUUUUUUUAUUGGUUAUUUAUUAGAAAUCGUAAGAAAAUUCCUUCCAAAAAUGUAUAUUUACGUCAAUACCCCAAAGUUAAUUCCGCUAUUAUUACUACACAAAGAUAACCUAAUGAUGGGUUCUUUUCUUGGUGGAUUCGUAUUUAUAUACAGAUCGAUUCGAUGUUAUUUUCAGCAAAAAGAACGUAAAGAACUGCCAAGUCACACAUUAAUAGCUGCGUUAAUAGCGAGUGGAACUUACGUUAUAAAACCAAACAUCCAAAUAUUUAUCAUUGCCUUAACAACAACUUUACAACUUUUAUGGGAAAAAUUCUCGUUUUAUUUCAAUUUACCAAAGAAAAUUUCUUACUCCCAAUUACUUUUCUGUAUUUCCGGGGGGAUUUUAUUACAUUACAGAAUUAUGAUGCCCGAUCAAUGUCCUAAAUAUGUUAAAAAUAUGGUUGAUAUUGCAACAAAUAACAUGUCAACCACACUCCAAAAUCGAUUCUUUGCAGAUAUCAAGGAAAUUGAAUUAUUCAUGGACGGUUUAAAUAAGAAUAUUUAAUAAGUAAAGUUUACUUUGUAAUGUUUUUAAUUGACAAUAUAUUUUGACGUUAAAAUAAAUGUCAAAUUUGACAACUCA